GUCUCGCCUGACAGCGUCGCGACACGUCUAGGUUUGUACAGAAGAAGAUGCACAAGAACGAUGCUUCCGGGUGCUUCUUGCGCUUGCAAAGGUGUUCGGAGUUGUCUUCUGUGUGAGCCCAACAAAGACACUCACUCACAAGAAGAUAAGGUUGUGCACCUUUUCUUCUACGAUCCCGAGAGAAAGCUCGCCGUCCGCAAAGAUGCAGAGCCUUCGUCUUUUGCCUUUCCCGGCGUGUUCCUGUGGGAGAACUUCCUAUCGGAGGAGGAGGAGACGGAGCUGAUAAGCAGCAUGGACCGGGAGGUCUGGAAUCCGUCCCAGUCCGGCCGCAGGAAGCAGGACUUUGGCCCAAAAGUGAAUUUCAAGAAGAAGAAGGUGCGCCUCGCCAGCUUCAGCGGACUCCCCGCUCUGAGCAAGAAACUAGUCCUGCGAAUGCAGCAAGAGGCCACCCUGGCGGACUUCAAGCCCGUGGAGCAGUGCAAUCUGGACUACCACCCCGGGCGAGGCUCCGCCAUAGACCCCCACCUGGACGAUUCCUGGCUGUGGGGGGAGCGCCUGGUCACCGUCAACAUGCUGUCCGACACCACGCUGACCAUGUCGCUGGAGCGGGGCCUUCCCCCGUUGGGACCGGGCGAGGAGGUGAACGUCGCCGUGGCUCUCCCGCGCAGGUCCUUGGUGGUGUUGUACGGAGAGGCGCGCCACCGCUGGAAGCACGGGAUUCUCCGGAAGGACGUCCACGGGCGCAGAGUUUGCAGCACCUACAGGGAGCUGUCUGCAGAGUUCCUGCCCGGGGGGUCGCAGGCGGAAGAGGGGGCUCGGCUACUCGACGUGGCUUUAAGCUUCAUGGGUGCUCCGGUUUAAACCCUGCAGAUACUCUCCGAACGAGCAACUGCGAUUAAACAUAGUACACUUUAAUCGUUUAAAUCAUGGGUGUCAAACUCUGGCCCGCGGGCCAAAUUUGGCCCUCCCUGUAAUUUCAUUUGGCCCUUGAGGCAUUGUCAAAUUAACAUUAGAGCUGGCCCGCCACUGUUAUACAGCGGCAGUUUCGCUGUAACACCGCAUUCACUGCUAAUAUUCAUACAUGUCAACCCUCCCAAUUUUCCCAGGAGACUCCCGAAGUUCAGUGCCCCUCCCGAAAAUCUCCCGGGGAAACCAUUCUCCCGAAUUUCUCCGAAUUUCCACCCGGACAACAAUAUUGGAGGCGUGCCUUAAAGGCACUGCCUUUAGCGUUCUCUGCAACCUGUGGUCACGUCUGCUUUUCCUCCAUACAAACUGCGUGCCGGCCCAGUCCAAUGCGGCUUUAACACACACACACACACAAGUGAAUGCAAUGCAUACUUGAUCAACAGCCAUACAGGGCACAUUGAGGGUGGCCUUAUUAACAAUGCCAACACUGUUACAAAUAUGCGCCACACUGUGAACCCACACCAAAUAAUAAUGACAAACACAUUUCGGGAGAACACCCGCACCGUAACGCAACAGAACAUUUACCCAGAUACCCCUUGCAGCACUAACUCUUCCUGGACACCACCAAACCCCGCAGGUCCCUAUUAAAAGGUUAAUUUGUUCAACCUUGGCCUGUGGCUUUGUUCAGUUUAAAAUUUUGGCCCACUCGGUAUUUGAGUUUGACACCCCUGGUUUAAAUAAUAAUAAAGCAUUUUUAUUCAUGUUGUGCAACAAAAAACAUAACUGAGUGUGUACAUCAGGGUUCUGAAAUGUUUAACCUCAGGGCUCGGGGCCCACUCAAAUUAAGUUAUGGAAUGGAUUAAGCAAAACAAUCAAAAAAUUUACUAUUAUGAUCCACUUCAAGAAACUCUUCAAACUUAGUGUUUACAAAGUACAAAGAAGAAGAACCAUGCUAAACAUUCUGAAUGUACAGUAUUUCCUUGAAUUGCCGCCAGGGCGCUAAUUAAUUUAACACCUCUUUUCACUCCUGCGCUUACCAAAGGCAUGCGGUAAAAGUAAGCAUGCGCUAAUUAUUUUAAAACCUCUUCUCACUGCGGCACUUACCAAAGGCAUGCAGUAAAAAAUUGAGUGUGAUGUAAGCUUGGACCUUAAAUCCUACUGAAUAGCUCUUAAUCUUCUUCCCUUUAUGCGAUUACAAAGUACCGGUAUUGAAAUCAGCCUCCUCCAUUUUGAAAAUGAUGACAGGGGAAGUGUCACUCGUGACGUCACGAGUUUGACCAGGCGGUAAUACUAAGCAUGCGCUAAUUAUUUUGCGAAGCGAGUUUGACCAGGCAGAAAUUCAAGGCAGGCGCAUACUAUAUGCCCCGCGGUAAUUCAAGGAAAUACGGUAUUUCAUCCAUCCAUCCAUUCAUUCUCAAAAUAAUCUUACUCAUCUAAUCAUAUGAAAUAUAACUUACUUACCCAAUUAUUUAUUUGUUUAUUUUUAUUGUGAUUACUUAUGGAGUAUAUUGUGAAGAAAUUGAGAACGGGAAAGAACAAAGGUUUUAGCAACUGUUAUGUAAAAGUAAAAAGGGUAGGAUUAAAUAGGCUCUGCUUCUUCCUACUCUUUUUCGAACAUGUUGAAAAGAGAAACUGGAAAUUGUGAUGUAUCAUAUAUGCUUGCAUGGUUCGAAAUAAACUCAACUCGAAUAUCAACACUGAAUUAGUAAUCUUACUGUUGAUUUUAAUGAUAAUUAUAUCUAACCUACUUACAGUUAACAACCUUGUCAAAUUAUAUACAUUCAUGUGGUAAUCACAAAGAUUAUUUAACACAAAAACCUUAGGCCAGGGGGCGGCAACCCAAAACGUUGAAAGCCAUAUUGGUCCAAAAAAUACAAAAAAUAUAUUACUGUAUAGUAUAGUAUAUUGUUGCGUCCUGGAAGAGUUAGUGCUGCAAGGGGUUCAGGGUGUUUUUUUAUGUUGUGUUUAGGUGCGGCUGUUCUCCCGAAAUGUGUUUGUCAUUCUUGUUUGGUGUGGGUUCACAGUGUGGCGCAUAUUUGUAACAGUUUUUAAAGUUGUUCAUACAGUCACCCUCAGUGUGACCUGUAUGGCUGUUGGCCAAGUAUGCGUUGCAUUCACUUGUGUGUGUGAAAAGCCGUAUAUAUAAUGUUUUUUGGCCGGCACGCAAAGGCAGUGGCUUUAAGGUUUUUUGGCGCUCUAUACUUCUCACUAUACGUCCGUUUACACAGCGGCGUUUUUUAAAAAGUUGAAAAUGUUACUUCCCGAUAUUACGUUUUAAAGCAUUUGUCGGCCGAUGAUAUCGGUAGUCCGAUAUUAUGGGACGUCUUUACUAUUUAUAUAUAUUUUUGGUGGAUAGUUUUUGGAAUCAUGACAUGUUUGAUGCCAAUAUUCAUAUUUUUGUACACACAUUGAGUUUGUGUUUCAGAGGGUUUUAUGAUUUUUUUUCGAUUUUAAACUAAAGGCUGUAGCAAUUGUUUGAAAAAAGAAGUUGAUAAUAAAAGCCUUUGAAACCCACAAAAACAAGUGAUGAAACAAAAAUAUGAAUAUUGGCAUCUAAAACAAGUUAUGUUUAAAAAAAGUUAUCCACCAAAUAUAUUGUAUUUUUUCUAUGUUUGCAUUUAUUCGUUGCAAAAAAAAAAAAAUUGUACUGGUGCCAACAACUUUUUCUACAAUGUACAUUUUUUUUAUUCGAUACCAAAACUUACUGGCAGUGUUUUAGCUCCAUCCCAGCUGGCACAAGACAUUGAUAAUACGUUAAUACAUGUCCUUUAAAUCUGACUUUAAAACAUCGCAAAAUAGUCUAAUUUGUACAUUUAUAUUACGUUGAUGUCCAAAAGUAUGUACCGUUACUAUGAUCGGAAAAUACCGAUAUCGGCCAAUAUUCAAGGCUCCAGAUGUAACAGAACAGUGAACAAAUAAUAAAUAAAUAGUAUACUAUAGUAAGCAUACAAAUAUUAAAUACAUAAAUAAUCUUUGUCUCAAUAAAAAAAAAAAUGGUUGAAGAUCGCAUCAUGAUUCUUAUUCUGUGUACUUUGUGAACACUUGUAGUUUGAACAGUCUCUUAAACUGAAUCAUAUUGGUGCUUUGUUUGAGUUCUUUGGUUAAUCUGUUCCAUAAUUUAAUUACACACACUAAAGGCUUUAAGUGUUGAUACUAAAGGUUUUAAGUGUUAUUGUAUAUAUUGUAUCUGUAAACCAGUGUUUUUCAACCUUUUCUGAACCAAGGCCCAUUUUUUUCAUUGAAAGAAAUCCCGAGGUACACCACCAGCAGAAAACAAACAAUGAAACUCAGCAGCCGAUAUUGAAAAUAAAAAGUCGUUCUUGCAAUUGUUGGAUAUAAAAUUAAAACCAUAACAAAGCAUGCAUCACUAUA